AUGGCGCCGCGCGACUAUGCCGCCGAUAAAGAGAAGCUGAAGCGGUUCCUGGAGGAAUUCUACCGGGAUGGUCCCGACGGGAAGAAGGAGUUUCCGUACCGAACGCAGCUGGAGGCCUUGGCGCACCGGGAGCAGGUGGCGCUCUACGUGGCCCUGGACGACUUGGCCGAGGACGAGCCGGAGCUGGCCGAGGCCGCCUGCGAGAAUGCGCGGCGCUACGCGCGGCUGUGCGGGGACGCGGUGCAGGAGCUGCUGCCGCGCUAUCGCCACCGGGAGGUGACCCGCAGGGACGCCCUGGAUGUGUUCAUCGAGCACCGGCUGCUGCUGGAGCAGCGGGGCCGGGAUGGGGAGGGGCACAUCCGAGACCCCCACAACCGGUACCCCCCCGAGCUGCUGCGGCGUUUCGAGCUGUAUUUCCUCGCCCCCUCCUCGGCCAAGCCGCUGCGGAUCCGGGAGGUGCGGGCGGGCAGCGUGGGACACCUGGUGACCAUCCGCGGAGUCGUGACCAGGACCACCGAGGUGCAGCCGCGGCUGCUGGUGGCCACCUACAGCUGUGACCAGUGCGGGGCCGAGACCUACCAGCCGAUCGAGUCCGAGAGCUUCACGCCGCUGCUGCUGUGCCCCAGCCGCGAGUGCCAGCAGGACCGGGCCGGGGGCCGCCUGUACCUGCAGAGCAGGGGCUCCAGGUUCCUCAAGUGCCAGGAGCUGAGGGUGCAGGAGCACAGUGACCAGGUGCCCGUGGGCCACCUGCCUCGCUCCAUCACGGUGGUAGCCCAGGGGGAGAACACGAGGCUGGCCCAGCCCGGGGACCACGUCAGCGUCACCGGCGUCUUCCUGCCCCUGCUGCGCUCCGGCUUCCGGCAGCUGGCACAGGGGCUGCUCUCGGAGACCUUCCUGGAGGCUCACAGCAUCGUGAGGAUGAACAAAGGGGAGGAGGAGGAGGAAGGAGCGGAGCUGAGCGAGGAGGAGCUGAAGCAGAUCACUGAGGAGGACUUCUACGAGAAGCUGGCAGCCUCCAUCGCCCCCGAGAUCUACGGGCACGAGGACGUGAAGAAGGCUCUGCUGCUGCAGCUGGUGGGCGGCGUGGACCAGAACCCCCACGGCAUGAGGAUCCGGGGCUCCAUCCACAUCUGCCUGAUGGGGGACCCAGGUGUGGCCAAGUCCCAGCUGCUGUCCUACAUCGACAGAUUGGCCCCGCGCAGCCAGUACACGACGGGCCGGGGCUCGUCGGGCGCGGGGCUGACGGCGGCGGUGCUGCGGGACGCGGGCUCGGGGGCGCUGGCGCUGCAGGGCGGGGCGCUGGUGCUGGCGGACGGCGGCGUCUGCUGCAUCGACGAGUUCGACAAGCUGCAGGACGGCGACCGGGCGGCCAUCCACGAGGCCAUGGAGCAGCAGACGGUGGCGGUGGCCAAGGCCGGGGUGCUGGCGCAGCUCAACGCCCGCUGCGCCGUGCUGGCCGCCGCCAACCCCGCCCUGGGCCGCUUCGACCCCGCCCGGGGCCUGCGCCGCAACCUGCAGCUGCCCCCGGCCCUGCUCUCCCGCUUCGACCUCCUCUGGCUGCUGCGCGACCGCCCGGACCGCGGCACCGACCUCAGGCUGGCACAGCACAUCACCUACGUGCACCAGCACAGCCGGCAGCCGCCCAGCGCCCUGCAGCCCCUCGACAUGCGCCUGAUGAGGCGCUACCUGGCCCUGUGCCGCCGCCGCCGCCCGGUGGUCCCUCCCCAGCUGGCAGAGUUCCUGACCGCUGCCUACGUGGAGCUGCGGCGAGAGGCCAGGGAGAGCCCCGAUGCCACCUUCACCUGUGCCAGGACCCUGCUGGGCAUCCUGCGCCUCUCCACCGCCCUGGCCAGGCUGAGGCUGGGGGAGGUGGUGGAGAAGGAGGAUGUCAGUGAGGCCAUCAGGCUGCUGGAGAUGUCCAAGGAGUCGCUGCAGGGGGACAAGGGCCAGCAGAGCCGGGCCCAGCGCCCUGCCGACGCCAUCUUCGCGGCGCUGCGGCAGCUGGCGGGGGCCGGGGCGGCGCCGCGGGGCGUGCCCCACGCCGAGGCCCUGCAGCGCUGCCUGGCCAAGGGCUUCACCGCGGCGCAGCUGGAGGAGGCCCUGGAGGAGCUGCAGGAGCUGAACGUGGUGCAGCUCAACGCUGCCCGCAGCAGGAUCACCUUCCUCUGAGCUGGCA